GAGAGGAGUCGCUAGUAAGUCAGUCUCGCACAGCCCAGUUCGUGGAGCGUCGGGUCGCUUUGAACGCCGCCGGGUUGCACCUCGCAAGCAUGGGGGGCCGUUUCUGAAGGCGACCGCUGACGGAUCCUCUCUCCCACCCUCCAUGGCUGUGGACGCUGCUUCCAGUUUCAGCUUCUGCCGUGGCAGUGGGCUGGAGCACACGGUGUCAGCAGAGGACCUGAAUUACCAGCUGCCCCGCAAGACGGCCGGCAGCCUGACCUGGCAUGAUGGGCGGGGCCAGAAGAUGGCAGGGGGUCGCACAGUGAAGCUGCUACAACAGCCGGGAACGGAGGCCCUGCAGAUGCGCCCAGGGGAGGCCUACGCCGUGUACCACACCAGCCCCACGCUCUCCAGCCUGUCCAAGCCGGUGGUGCUGUGGACCCAGCAGGACGUUUGCAAGUGGCUGAAGAAACACUGUCCGCACAACUACCUGACGUACGUCGAGGCCUUCUCGCACCACGCCAUCACAGGACGGGCGCUGCUGAGGCUGAACGCGGAGAAGCUGGAGCGCAUGGGCAUCGCGCAGGAGGCCCUGAGGCAGGAGGUGCUGCAGCAGGUGCUCCAACUGCAGGUCCGAGAGGAGGUCCGUAACCUGCAGCUGCUCAGCCGAGCUUCCUUUGGAAACCCUCCUUAGCUCAUCUACCCGUAAGGCAGCCUUCUCAGACAAACUGGACUCCUGAUUGCUCUGGGAGGGACUGUAUGACCCGGAUAAGUGAACGGAAGAACCCGCACCUCUGAGCGGACCGGAACCUGCUACCUUUAGCCAGCUAGAAACCCAAUCCAAAAAAAAAUGCUGUUUUUCUGGUUUUAGAGGAUAACACUGUGUUUAAAUAUCGGUCUCAUACUGUAAUAUACUGAUACAAUAUGAAAUUCAAAAUGAAAAAUCCAUGAGGGAACGAUUUCAGUGACUCUGGCCGUCACUCAGGACUGCUCACACGACUAUUCAUACCUAAACGGAACGUCGUUGAAAUCCAAUGUGUGUCUAAGGACCUUGAUGACCAGAGUAGAGCUUGAGUGCGUCUCCAUAGUUACUGUGUUUCUGUAAUUCUGUUAACGUAGCCUGGCGAGGCUCGUAGCAUUAGCCGCACAACUUCCCGACUGAUUGGUUAGUUCCUGUCAUGUGGCAAACUUGCAACCAAUCACCUUUGAAUGUUCAUGCUAAAUGUUUCCACGAUGUCCUGUUUUUUUGGUUUUUAGUUUUCUUGGCGCAGACGUUACGUGAAAUCUGACUGUGCCGACUCGACUGAAUAUGGUUGCUAAGAAACGCAUCGUAUCUACACAUUAGUAUGGAGUUUUAUCUUUCAGAGUUCGGGUUUGUAAGACACUUUUUUUCUCCAUGGUUCAUCUAGGCCCACCAAGUAGUUUCAUUUACAUUUACCAUCGAUUUUGGCUCCUCCUCGCCUACUCGAGCAAUAAUUAAGCAGGUGUAGGUUUUACUGCUCUUCUUAACGGCUGCCGAUCUCGCUGACAUGAGUACAUUUUAUUCAGAGCUUUUACUUUCUACACAGCAGAAUGAUUAGCAUCUGCUCUAACUUCACUCCACGACUUCCUGUCUUGGAGACCCAGUCAUUACUCGAUCUGUUCAGUAAAGAAUCAGCUUUCAAAUCUUUGCUCAAGCUGAACAAAAAUAUCUCUUCGUGCAAUGUGGUCGUGUAGGCUGUAGAUUAAAAAGGCAGAAAAAGAGA